CCUCGGCGGGGGCGGGGGCGGGGCUUGGCAGAGGCUUCUGCUUUCUCUGAGGACCGCGGGCAGUGGGUGAGCCUGUCUCUGCACAGCCGGACGCUGACCGGGUAGCGAUCGCGCGACCCCAGGCUUGCUGCGCCGAACAGAAAGCCAAACCAGCAGGGAUCUCCUAGGACUAGUAUUCGGAGGAACUACUCCUAAAACACUGCUCUGGUCCUGCCAUUCAACAGGCCUGGCCCCAGUAGAGUGGCUGACUCAGACACUGACUGCCAAACAUCUAACAGCUGAAACCACUCAGGACCAUACCUCCCAGCUGUGUGGCUUUGAUCAGUCAUCUAACCUCUUGGGGCUUCAAGGGAGCUCCAGGGCCGCAGGAUGGGGUCAGCCUGUGUCAAAGUCAUCAAAUACUUCCUCUUCCUCUUCAACUUGCUCUUCUUUAUCCUGGGCGGAGUAAUCCUGGGCUUCGGGGUGUGGAUCCUGGCCGACAGGAGCAGUUUCAUCUCUGUCCUGCAGGCUUCCUCCCCGUCGCUCAACGUGGGCGCCUACAUCUUCAUCGGCGUGGGGGCCGUCACCAUGAUCAUGGGCUUCCUGGGCUGCGUGGGCGCGGUGAACGAGGUCCGCUGCCUGCUGGGGCUGUACUUCGCCUUCCUCCUCCUGAUCCUCAUCGCCCAGGUGGCUGCCGGCGUCCUCUUCUAUUUCAACAUGGACAAGGUGAAGCAGGAGAUGGGCAGCAUCGUGACCAAGCUCAUCCGGGACUACAAGGACGGGCAGGAGGACAGCCUGCAGCAGGGCUGGGACUACGUGCAGGCACAGGGCAAGUGCUGCGGCUGGGUCAACUUUUACAACUGGACCGAAAACGCUGACCUCAUGAACCGCACCACCGUCACCUACCCCUGCUCCUGCGAGAAGAAGGGGGAGGACGACAGCCCACUCGUGAAGAAGGGCUUCUGCGAGGCUUCCGACGUCAACGGGACCCUGAGUGGCAACGGGACCCAGGGCGACAACAACCCGGAGCAGUGGCCCGUGUACCAGAAGGGCUGCAUGAAGACGGUGCAGUCGUGGCUGCAGGAAAACCUGGGCACCAUCUUAGGCGUGUGUGUGGGCGUCGCUGUCAUUGAGCUCCUGGGCAUGCUCCUGUCCAUCUGCCUGUGCCGGAACGUGCACUCCGAGGACUACAGCAAGGUCCCCAAGUACUGAGGCAGCUGCUGCCCCCGCCUCCCCGCCCAGCCCCCAACCUCAGGGCUCCCAGGGCGUCCCUGGCUCCUUCCUCCUGGCCCGCUGCCCUCCUCACUGCUCAGGCACCUGUGCGCCGCCCUGUGCUGCCGGGAGUGAGGGGCUGUCCGGGGCCCGGACCCCUCCCUGCCUCUCUGCCUCCAGCCUGGAGCCCGGCUGCUCUGUGGCUCCUCUGCUCGCUGCCCGCCAGGGUUCUCUGAGCAACUCAACGAAAACCCUCCCUGCGGCGUUUCUGCGCAGGUGGCUGGGUUUCUACCUGCCUCGGGGGAUGUGUGUAUAUAUAUAUAUAUAUAUUGUAAGGGGGAACAUGUAUUAAAAACGGGGGGAGGGGUAGAUAAGGCACCUUGGGCUGUCAGGGGACUACCCACCGCGUGGGUCAACUGUCUUUCCACUAUAAGGCUUACACCUUGGCUCUCCGAUUUUCAUUAAAGGCUGCGGGAAAGGGUAGGCUUUGCUCAACGACGUGAGGGAAGGCACCCCUCCCCAGGCCCGACCCCGCCCCAGCCAGGCAACUCCGAUCUGCCGGGCCACCUCGUGGGGGCAAGGCCGAGAUGGGCCAGGCUGAAGGGGGCUUGGCCUGGCCCUGGGCUGCUUAGGGAACCCAAGGGGUGCGUCCCCGAAGUGUGUGUGGCACAGAGCCGGCCCCUUGUUCGCCGGGACCUGAGCCGUCCGGGAGCGGGUGGGUGAGGCUGUGCUUUGCAGGGUGAGGAGGGCUCCGUGCGCCACUCUGUAAAGCACGCUGCAUAUCUGAAGACUGACCAUUAAAGAGGAUUUGUAAGAA